CCAGUGCCGACCACAUCAAAUUAAAUAUAUAUGAUUCUCUGUGUGGAAUUUGUGGGUAUUAAAAUAUUGAGGAGUUUAGAAGUCACGACACUGGGCCAUUUGAAAGAAGUCUCAUGUGUAAGAGUGAAUGAGAUGGUGCGAGAGCUUUUUUACACACUAAAUGCCGCAUCAACCAAUGAGGACACGUUAUUAAGUGAAUGUCAUCAUAGUUGACCAAUGAAUGGGGUCCAAAGCAUGAGUACAUUUCUAUUUUUAGCCACAUGGGGCACCAACAUUUGCGAAUACUUAAGUUUGUGGAUGAUUUGGUGUGAGAAUGAGGGAGAUGAAAAAACAACACGGCAAAUAUCGCCGCUCAAACUUUUUACAUUCGACACUCGCCGCUCAGUAUAUUGGCGCACUUUGAGUGGUACGGACAUCAAAGAGAUAGUCCUGGUAGAAAAAAAAAGAACAACAGAGUUUGAAGCAUUAACAUAGGAGUAUCUCUGACUUUUGAUUGAAAAGAGCACAAAAAGGAUUAAUAAGAGAUUAUUGAUAGUGUUGGUGCCCAGAAAAUCAGGAUACUGUGCAAAUUUGUGUAUUAUGAAGAAUUCUACAAAAUAUCACUCAACAAUUGUCACAAGGACAGCGCCAAAAUUGAGCAAACAGCCAAAAUUUACACAAGGUGCGAAAAUUUUUUCUGAACGGAUGAAAAAAGAGUUUUUGCAGGCUUCACCAUUGAAUUGGAUUGCCGAGAGGAGCAAGCAAUUAGCAAUUUGUCAGUUGGACUUGGACAUUUUGACUCCAAUGAGUCACAACGAUUGAAAUUUUCCAGUGAAAUUAGCGAAAAGUGGAAAAUAUCGGCAAGAUAGAGUUGCUGUUGGGGAGUGCAUUCAAGAAUCAAAUGAACUUGUAGCACUUUGUUGCCUUAUCGUUUAAGUGAAGAAAAAAAAGAAAUAUCUGUGUUUAUUUAAAGUGAGAGAGCCUUAUAUAUUGUUCGUGUCUAUUUUUUUUACACCUCUUAAAUGAUAUUAUCAAUUUAAUGUGUCUGCUUUAAUAUUUUAUUUUCUUGUGAAUGAGAACAACUUUUUUUUGCUAAAGAGAUUUUCUGCUGUGUUAGAAUAGGCAGCACAUAAAAAAAGCCAAGUGACAGUGAAGAAUUAAUUCGAAGAGGAGAGAGAGGACUCAACAAGAGUUUUUUUUAUACACCACAACUAUUUCGUGAUAUAAUUUGAAAGUAUUUUAUUACUUCCAAUUCUUUUUCUAAAUGUUCUGUGAAAUUUUUUUUUUGUAACUUUGUUGUAAGUGUUAUUUAAGACAAGAAGGGACUUGAAAAAAAAGAAGGAGGAAGAAAGUAUCUCCUAAAAACUGUGAUUUUAAAAGACAUUCAGUGUUUGUGCAAAAAGAAUCAUUCUUCGGGAGAAUUUAUAAGUGUAUCUGCAAGUGAAUAAGGCAUAGAGAUUUGUGAAAAUGUUCGACCUGAAUAUGGGAUUGGCAGGAGCUCCACUCCUUGGAGUUGACGGGAGUGGAGUGUGUACAACACCGAGAACACCAGAAAUUCUCAAUUCACUCAUUGACAUCACGAAUCCCCUCGAGUAUUCAUAUUCUUCGGCACGUCCAUCGCAGGUGUCGAAUGUUGAUAGUUGCUGUUCGGAUUCAACACUUGACUCUCCAGCCGGACAAACAACGCCUCCGAGUGUACAAAAGACGUGCUCACUUCUCAUAAAGGCUGGUCUCAAGUUGUCGAUUCAGAGCAAGAGGAAGAUGAGUGGCGGCAGUGCUGGUGACUCCAACAGUGGCAUGGAGCAUGGCGGGAAGAUGGCUAAGAAGGAGGAGAAUACCAGUGAUGAAGAUACCGAGGAGAAGAGUAUGGGAAAAAAUGGGUCUUUCCAAAAGCAGUUGACACCUGAGGAUGAGGAUAGGCGCCGACGGAGGCGAGAGAGGAAUAAAAUAGCUGCUACCAAGUGUCGGAUGAAGAAGAGAGAGAGGACACUCAAUCUCGUUUCGGAGUCUGAGGUACUUGAGCAGCAGAAUAUUGAACUGAAGACGCAGGAGCGUGCACUGGAGACACAGCGACGGAAGCUCCUCGAAGCCCUACAGUCGCAUAGUUCCUCCUGCAUUCGUCCUGGUGGGUAUUCUCCGCCAAGUAGUUGCUACCAACAGAGUCAGUGCAAAUUUGGCAGUAAUUGCCGAAUGAUAAAAAACGAUGGACAGUCUCAGGGUCUGGAAAUUGACACUACGCACACGUACGCCUGCAAAUCUGCCACGAGUGAUUCCAAUACCACAUGCUACAGCAGUCCAGAAAGUGGGUGCAAUGCCCUCAAAUCUCCCGUGGAUCUGGAUCUAGUGACGUACAAUUCGCCGGGCAUGAAGAAUGAAUACAUUCCCAAUUGCGAGAGUGGCGAGGAAGCUGUUCUUGGCUGUUCGCAAUUCAUGCUCAAGACAGAACUCACAGACUCCAGUCCGUACACAUCUGUUCAGAGUGCAGAUCGUUUCCUGUUUGAAAACACCGAAAACUUCGAUGCUGACCGGGUGCCGGACAUCAUCCGCGGAGACAACAACAAUGACUACACAGGAAGUUGUGGGACUUUUGUGGAAAACACCCUCCUCAAGGCGGACUUCCUCAGUGCCACGUCCGAAUUUAUCAAUCUGGCCGAUGGCACUGAGACCCAAUUCACCGAUCUCGACAGUGGAAUCACCACCUACACCACCCUUCCGCCCAAUUCCACUGGCGGUGGAUGCUGAAACAGCCUCCAUCUCGCCAAUGAGGAUGAACCUCACAAGAGUGCCCGGAGGUGACAAAACUCAGAGACACCUUAACAAAAUCUUCUUGCAGCCAUAUGUAUUUCUCAAGUUUUUUUGUAUACUAAGAAUGUCUUAUUUUAUGUCUUUAACAUUCCUCUAAAAAUAUUUUUUUUUCUAAUUUUAUCAA